AUGACAUGCACAGAUAACAGACAUUUAUGUGAUGAUAUGAAUAGCUACGUUCGGUACUUGCAUCGCAGAGACGAUCUCCGAAUAAGUAUCAUAAUUAUUCAGAGAAGGCGAUCUUGGCGACGAUUUGGUCACAUUCAGACUCAGAAAACAAAUCGCGAGAAAAAGCAAGCAACCUGCUUAGACUACACUGUUUAUUUCUCGCGCUUGUUUUCAGAAUCUGAAUCUGAAUCUAAAUCUGAGUGCACUCUGGCCGCACCCUUCGACUACACUGUUUAUUUCUCGCGCUUGUUUUCGGAAUCUGAAUCUGAAUCUGAGUGCACUCUGGCCGUACCCUUUGAGAAUGCUGAAAAUCCAUCAGAUGAUAUAAAAAAAUUGCAAGAUGAAGUUAUCGCAAACUUUCAGAAACCAAAUAUCCCAAAUGUAAACAUACCGGAGCGUAUCAUCAUAUGUUUAGAUCUAUGUUAUGAUGAUAACAACACUUUAUAUCGUUUAGGUGAUGGCUCAACAUUUACACCAUUAAACAUGCUAAAAAGGAUUUUAGAUUUUUUUCUGCAUUCAAAAAAUGCCAUAAAUAAGAAAACAGAGUAUGCACUACUGCUAUUAAAAGACACUGAAGCAUGUUGGGUUCAGAAUUUCACAAACAACAUAAAAGAUAUUGUAAAUGUGAUAGAUUAUCUUAAUGCUGAAGAAAGUACCACUGAAAAUUAUGAUUUUAAGAAAGUAUUUCAAGUAUUAAAGGAAAAAGUGGAUAUACCAGAAUUUAGGCAGGGAGAGUGCAUAAUGCCCCCUCCAUAUGUUGUUCGUAUGAUUGUUCUGUAUGGGCGUUCAGUUUGCUUACCUCUUAUACCACAGGAUGAUGUGUAUUUUAAUUUUCUUAAGAAACAAUUAUACUUCUUUAUUGAUAUAUUACUUACACAUGAAGAAGAUUGUGCACUAUAUAAAUGUGAAGAAAUUUAUGAUGCUCUCCAGGACUUGGACAAUGGUUAUUCAUAUGUAUUUGAGCACACCGAGUCGGCCGCGACCCAUAGCAUGCACGUAGCAGGCGGUCAGUUUUGUAUCAAUAGUCGCAGACCACGCGUCACAGCACGUAGGCGGCGGACACCGACAAGGCGCGUUAGAGCGGCGAGGGCAUUUCAUAAGAGCACUAUUGACUCUUGUCUUACUGUUACUCAUCAUGCGAAGGUUCAGUUUGUAUCAGUGGUAGGACGAAUAGAGUGGGCACUGCACACCGAGGCGGCCACGAGCCUAGCAUGCACGUCGCUUGGCACGCGUCACAGCACGCAGGCGGCGAACACCGCCAUGGCUCGUCACGGCGAUGGAAGUGGCGAAGGUAUUUUAAUCCAGCACUGA